UACUUGUGUUUCAUUAUGCGUAAUAUUGUUUGGUGUGUACUUCAGUUAUGACGCACCCCAAAAUUUGAUGGUGCCUAAUACAUGGUUUUCCUUUUACUAAAGCUUAAAAGUUAUAUGAAAAGUGGAUCCAUGGAAUAAAUUAGAAUUGAAAAAAUGGCAUAAGUAUUACCCAUGGACUUCUUAAAGACAAAAAUAUGACUAUUUUUUACUAUUCCAAAAAUAAGACUUCCGUUUCCAUCUAUUUGAGCCUCACGCUAGUCACUUGCGAAUCGACAUAUCUACGUCAAUCCCCCAAGAUGAGCUUUUCAUCUUAUCAACAGAUGAAGCACUAAGCUGGGAGUGUCGCCGCUAAAAUAGUUGUCGCCGCCACAGCUGAGAGUCGCUGAUGCAACACACCUUUUCUCCGGCUUCGUCGCACCUGCACCGUCCUCACAUCUGUUGGACGGAGCGGUUUGUUGCAGGUCACGAUUUUCUCCCUUGAAAUUCAACCCGCCAUCGGGGCGCUCUCCUCCUAGAACUCAAUCGCAGUGAGGAUCUAAAAUCAUAGCUAUUGAAAUGUCGGAUUCCGUCAGAUCCGUUGUGUCGACCAGAUCCGCCGUCGUCUUUGAUGGAGCGAUUGUUGCAGGUCACGGCUAGAGUUUCUGCGUUGGGGAUGGGCCUUGGACAUUGGUGAGACGCACCGGAAAGAGGGCUGGAGUAGGAUAGGCAAGUUGCAGAGGGGGGGAAAAGGCAAGGCAAGGGUAGGGACAGGGAAGGGUAUAACUGUGGGGCGUGGAGCUGGGAAGGGGGGUUGUGGCUGAAAAAAACGAAGGGGAAGGGAGGCUGGGAAGGGUGACGGUAGCUAGGAAGGGGGGUUGAGGGCUGGUGGUGGUGAUGGAUGGGAUUAAUAUGGCGGGUCACUAUGCUCGUGUCACUGAAGCCGGUGCUACAAUGGCGGUGUCACUAUUGCAUUGUCAUUGGCGGCGGCGGAGCGGUGAUUUUAUAGAGCGGAAAGCGGUCAUAGUGACAUAUUUCACAUCGACAGUGACAUUCAAUAGUGACAUAAAAAUAGUGACAUAACAGUCCGGAGUGACCUUCUUAGUCACAUUUUUGUCUUUUUAAAAAAUGGUCACAUUUUCGGAAAUCAAUUUAAAUUUAGUAAUAUUGAAGGAAAAAAUCCAUUAGAAUUGUAAUGACGGGAAAGUGAGGAAUUAAUGUUUGAAAAGAUUGAAUCUCCAAGUACAAGAGUCCGUUUAAUCAGACAAUGCAUUCGAGAGUUGUAAGUCACGAUGAUUAAAUCAAUUCAAUAAUGAUAAACUUUAUACUCAUGCGCACCAUAGAUUUACUCGACACACAUUUGAGAGCGGUAACAUAUUAUGUAGAAAAAAAGAAGGGAAAGUGGGGACUCAAAUGAGAGGGUCAGGGUUCCAUCAAUUCAAAGGCCUAGCUAGCUAGAUACUGCCUAGCUACUAAUUACAUUGAAUUGGAGGCUAUAUAUUUUCCACUGAUUCAAGAAGAAGAUCAAAGACUUAUAGAAUCGGACUUGAAAGUAAUGAAUGUAGAGAAAGAGAAUAUGGAGCCAACCAAUUCAGAGGAAUUAGGUGUUAAUGAAGUUGCAUAUACUGCCGCUGUAGUACCUCCGACGAUCGGGAAAAAGAGGAAACUGGUUGUAAUGGACAUUAAUGGCAUUCUUGCCAUUGCUGUUAGGUACCCUGUCCCAGGUGGUGCCAGCUUUCCUGGCCGAUGGACAAUAGCAAAGCGACCUUUCUGUGAAGAUUUUCUCCACUUCUGCUUCGAGAGGUUUGACGUGGGCAUUUGGACAUCUAGAGCCAAGGCAGAUUAUCUUGACCAAAUUGUUGAUUAUUUAUUGGGAAAUAUGAAGAAAAAGUUGUUGUUUGUGUGGGAUUGGUCCUAUUGUUCCCGAACAGGAUUUAUGACUCCUGAGAAUAGGUACAAACCCUUACUUUGUAAGGAGUUGAAGAAGAUAUGGGAGAAUGAUUGGCCCAACCAACCUUCCGUGAAAGGUUACUACAAUGAAUCAAACACACUAUUGGUGGAUGAUUCUCCAAACAAGGCUUUGCUUAAUCCUAGUCACACCGCAAUCUUUCCUCAUUCCUACACUGAAUCAACGAUGAUGAAUGAUCAAUCAUUAGGUCCAGGAGGCGAUCUUCGAGAAUAUUUAGAAGGGUUAGCAGGAGCUGAAGAUGUGAGAACAUAUGUGCAGGAUCACCCGUUCGGUCAAAAGGCCAUUGACUAUACACACUCCAAUUGGAAAGUUUACUCGGGAAUUAUUAGAGCUGUCUCCAACCGUUCUUGAUUAUUUACCGACCAUUUUACCCUCCAUGGACCCUAAAGUAUUGGUUCAGCCCCACUAAACGUUUUGUUGAAGGGCAACUAGCAAUAAAAUAAAAAUCGGCCAUAUGUUCUGACUAAUAAAAUGAUCUUUAAGAGCCUGUCCCAAACUUGACACUUUUUCCAUGAUAUUUUUGUAUUUCGUGCAAGGAAUCGCCAUCACUCGACUUGGUUUUGUAGAUUUCCCUUUUGAGGAAACUAUGAUCUACACAAUAUACACU